GAGUGCUCCAUGGUCAGGGCCAUCUUUGGUCGUCCUCGCCGGUGACGGUUUGGGCGAUAUUUCCCAUUAGUCAUUAAAGCCUGAUGGUCAGAAGAGAUCAUUUCACAUCAAAGCGCCGUUUAAAGCAGCUGCCUUGAGACCGGGACCAGACUUCAUCCCUGCGCUCAGUCUCACCGGCGUUCUUUCCUUCAGCGCCCUCCAUUUGUCAAAAAGAGAGAAGGAGACGGGAGAGGCGCCGCUCCACCAUGGAUGAGGAAUAUGAUGUGAUCGUGCUGGGCACCGGGCUCACGGAAUGCAUUCUGUCCGGCAUCAUGUCUGUGAAUGGGAAAAAGGUCCUCCACAUGGACAGGAACCCCUACUAUGGUGGGGAGAGCUCCUCCAUCACUCCCCUGGAGGAGCUGUACAAGCGUUUCAGUCUCCCUGAGAGUCCACCGGAGAGCAUGGGCAGGGGAAGAGACUGGAAUGUUGACCUCAUCCCCAAGUUUCUCAUGGCCAAUGGCCAGCUUGUGAAGAUGCUGCUGUACACUGAGGUGACCCGGUACCUGGACUUUAAAGUGGUGGAGGGAAGCUUCGUUUACAAGGGAGGGAAGAUCUACAAGGUGCCGUCCACUGAGACCGAGGCGCUAGCUUCAAAUCUGAUGGGAAUGUUUGAGAAGCGACGGUUUCGGAAAUUUUUGGUCUUCGUUGCCAAUUUUGAUGAGAAUGACCCCAAGACCUUUGAAGGUGUGGAUCCUAAAACCACAACGAUGAGAGAUGUUUACAAGAAGUUUGACCUCGGCCAGGACGUUAUUGACUUCACCGGCCACGCCCUGGCCCUCUACAGGACAGACGAAUAUCUUGAUGUUGCCUGUUUGGACACGAUCAACCGUAUCAAACUGUACAGUGAAUCACUGGCACGUUACGGGAAGAGCCCCUACCUCUACCCUUUGUAUGGUCUGGGAGAACUGCCACAAGGAUUUGCCAGGUUGAGCGCAAUCUAUGGUGGAACAUACAUGCUGAACAAACCAGUGGAUGAGAUCGUGAUGGACGGUGAUAAAGUGGUUGGAGUGAAGUCUGAGGGUGAGGUAGCUCGUUGUAAGCAGCUCAUCUGUGACCCCAGUUACAUCCCAGACCGUGUCCGUAAGGCGGGUCAGGUGAUCCGGGUGAUCUGCAUCCUCAACCACCCCAUCAAGAACACUAAUGAGGCUAACUCCUGCCAGAUCAUCAUUCCUCAGAAUCAGGUCAAUCGUAACUCAGACAUCUAUGUGUGCAUGAUCUCUUAUGCUCACAAUGUGGCAGCCCAGGGGAAGUACAUCGCUAUCGCCAGCACCACAGUGGAGACCAGUGACCCGGAGGCUGAGAUUGAGCCGGCCCUGGAGCUGCUGGAGCCCAUUGACCAAAAGUUUGUGGCAAUUAGUGACCUUUAUGAGCCCAUAGAUGACGGUACUGAGAGCCAGGUCUUUGCUUCAAGGUCCUACGAUGCCACAACUCACUUCGAGACCACUUGCAAUGACAUCAAGGACAUCUACAAACGUAUGACCGGAACCGACUUUGACUUUGAGAACAUGAAACGCAAACAGAAUGACGUGUUUGGGGAGGAUGAGCAGUGAGGGGUUCAGGGGCUUUUGAGAGAAGAGGGAAGGGCUAGAAAAGGAAGUGAAGGCAAGAAAGAGCUGAGAGGCGUCAGAGCCGCUUCAGAUGGCCGGGGCUGCUUGAACUGUGCUUUAAAAAUUAAAAGGUGGGG